AAAUAUGCCUCUCUACCUAUAAUCACUCCCAAUAUACUCCUAUUUUACUCUAUAUUUUGUUCUUUCUAACUCAAAAACUUAAAAAAAAAAACAAAUUUUUCAUUAGUUAAAAACAAGAAAAAAAUGUCAAAAGAAGAAGCAGCUUAUGUUGGGUCAAUCGAUCAAGGAACAACGAGCACACGGUUUAUCAUCUAUGAUCGUCAAGCUCGCUGUGUUGCGUCUCACCAGGUCGAGUUCACUCAAUUCUACCCACAAGCCGGGUGGGUGGAGCAUGAUGCGAUGGAGAUACUGGAGAGUGUGAGAGUUUGUAUGGCGAAGACGGUUGAUAAAGCUACUGCUGCUGGUCAUAACGUUGACGGUGCAUUGAAGGCGAUUGGUUUGACCAAUCAGAGAGAGACAACUGUUGUCUGGAGUAAAUCUUAUGGGCUUCCUCUUCAUAAUGCUAUUGUUUGGAUGGAUGUUCGUACCAGUUCUAUUUGCAGGAAACUGGAGAAAGAUUUACCAGGAGGAAGAUCUCAUUUUGUUGAGACUUGUGGUCUGCCGUUAAGUACUUAUUUUAGUGCAGUGAAGUUACUGUGGCUAAUAGAAAAUGUGGAUGCAGUUAAAGAGGGUGUUGAAAAGGGUGAUGCUCUUUUUGGAACUAUAGACUCUUGGUUAAUCUGGAAUUUAACCGGAGGAGUCAAGGGCGGGUUACAUGUUACUGAUGUCUCGAAUGCAUCUCGAACUAUGCUCAUGAAUAUCAAAACCCUUGAAUGGGAUGCAACCACAUUGAAAACUUUAGGAAUUCCUGCCGCAAUUCUGCCCAAAAUUGUGAGCAACUCUGAGGUUAUUGGUAAGAUUGCAAAGGGGUGGCCGGUUACUGGUAUUCGAAUUGCUGGCUGUCUUGGUGACCAACAUGCUGCAAUGUUAGGUCAAGCUUGUAAAAUAGAUGAAGCGAAAAGCACCUAUGGGACCGGUGCUUUCAUCCUUCUGAACACGGGUGAUCAGAUAGUUACAUCCAAGCAUGGCCUUUUGACUACUUUGGCUUAUAAGCUUGGUCCGAAAGCUCCUACGAAUUAUGCUGUAGAGGGUUCAAUUGCGAUUGCUGGAGCCGCAGUUCAGUGGCUCAGAGAUAGCCUUGGGCUAAUUAGUAAUGCUAGUGAGAUUGAGGAACUUGCGAAGAAGGUUGAAUCGACUGGUGGUGUUUAUUUUGUACCGGCUUUUAAUGGAUUGUUUGCGCCAUGGUGGCGCGAUGAUGCUCGUGGUGUUUGCAUUGGGAUUACAAGAUAUACUAAUAAGUCUCACAUUGCUCGUGCUGUGCUCGAGAGCAUGUGUUUCCAAGUGAAAGAUGUGCUGGAUUCAAUGCGCAAAGAUAGAGAGGAGAAUGACAAAAACAAGGAAGCUAAGAAGGAAUUCCUGCUUAGAGUGGAUGGUGGUGCAACUAUUAACAACCUUUUGAUGCAGACCCAGGCGGACUUGCUGGGACACUCAGUUGUGAGACCAGCUGAUAUUGAGACAACAGCGCUUGGAGCAGCCUAUGCUGCUGGUUUAGCAGUCGGUGUUUGGACAGAAGAGGAAAUUUUUGCUUCCGGAGAAAAGGCGAAGACAGACACCGUAUUCCAUCCUAACCAAAAUGACGAAUGGAGGAAGAAAAAGGUGGAUUCUUGGUGCAAAGCUGUUGAAAGAAGUUUCGGCCUGGCCGAUCUCUCAAUAUGAAGUGUGUUCUAGUUACAUGCUUGGACGUCUUUCGUUCUAAAGUAUCUUAUCCUGUUCAUGUUAAAUCGUCCGUUUUUUUUAGUUCCAUGUAGAUAGAAAGUUCAAUAAGGAUUGGUGAUCUCUGAUUAGAUUAUUGAUUCAUGUGCUCAUAUUUGGCACCUUGACAAACUUUUGCUGCAUACUCAAUGUAAUGAUGCAGCUUUUCAUACAUUGUACUACUUAUUAUGAUCAGCAAAUUAUUUUCCUGAAUUUUUCUUUU